CUUGCGUCGUCAUCUACACAAGUGUCCAUCCACGGGUGCGAAUUCUUGCUCGGGUACGACACUGCCAAUGCCGAUUAUUAUCCGUGGCGGGCAUACUCAACCUCUAUCCUUGGGCUGUUGCACAGGAUACUGGCUCGGACGCAGGACUCGUGGUGGUCGCGACCGUGACCAUAGCCAAUCCGACAGGUUGCUCGCCGUGAACGACUCGCACCGUGACAGUCUGCCGACACUAAGCGUCCAAGACCGCGGAGAGUCGGGCAAGCCGCCGGCGGGCGUGCGGGCGUGGAUUCGCCGCAUCGAAGCGAUGUGCAAUAACUCUUCCUGGGCAGUGGCACAACGCGAUGGACGAGCGACGUGGCUUCAUUGGUGACGUUGAUAUCUGCCACCGUCCGAUAGAGGAUCGGACAAGGGCACGGCCAAGAGUCGUGACCUCCGAGAGACGACCAUCUACUUUG